AUGGAAUCCAAUCAAGCCUUGCAUUCUGCACUCUCGAAGAUAACACUUGGACUGACCUUGGUGACGAAGGUUACUGCGAUAUCAUAUGCUACGAGAAUCAGCUUCCUGCACUUGCAGCCAACGGUUCGAUCGAUCGCAGUAUGGGAUUUUCGUAGUCCUUUUCCCGCAAAAAUCAUCACUCCUUCUGCACCAGUUUCCGAUGCUGAUCACUACAUGGACUUUCCACGAAAUAAGUUCUUCACUCAAUCUUACUUGGUGGAAUCACUGGGAGGUCUUUGGCUUGUCGAUCGGAUCGCCGGCUACUUUGUUAAUUCAGAGGGGAUAGCAGUGGAUGAGUUUGAUCUUCUUAUCCCUGAGGAUACGCAGCCUUUAGUUUGUCCCUACAGAACAAAGCUAUUCAACGUCUAUGAGUUAGAUCACAAACAGGAGACAUGGAAGAAAGUGGAAUCAUUAGGUGAUCGGGUCAUAUAUGUGGGUGGAAACUACUCAAAGUCGAUGUCCAUUCAUGAUAUUGAAGGAUGUGAAUCGAAUACUAUCUAUUUCUCGGAUGAAAACUGGAAUCAGGUGGAUGAGGAUUACAUGUAUCGAGGUCAUGAUUUUGGCACGUUCAAGUUGACAGACGGAAGUUUUGAAACACCAGAUUAUUGUUCGAAGUUUGAUCCACCACCCUUUUGGAUACUUCCCGCCCGGCGUUGA